AUGUUGGUGCAGUUCUACACGGCCAUCAUCGAGUCCAUCCUCACCUCCUCCAUCACCUCCUCCAUCACCUCCUCCAUCACCUCCUCCAUCACCUCCUCCAUCACCUCCUCCAUCACCUCCUCAUCACCUCCUCCAUCACCUCCUCCAUCACCUCCUCCAUCACCUCCUCCACCACCUCCUCCAUCACCUCCUCCAUCACCUCCUCCAUCACCUCCUCAUCACCUCCUCCAUCACCUCCUCCAUCACCUCCUCCAUCACCUCCUCAUCACCUCCUCAUCACCUCCUCCAUCACCUCCUCCAUCACCUCCUCCAUCACCUCCUCCAUCACCUCCUCCAGCACCUCCUCCAUCACCUCCUCCAUCACCUCCUCCAUCACCUCCUCCAUCACCGUGUGGGUUGCCGGUCCUCAUCGUAGGUGUGACUCUGGUCGUGUCGGUGGAUGAGUACAGAGCUGAGGAACACUGUUGGCUCAACGUAAAGAACGACACCAUUUGGGCCUUUGUCGGACCUGUGGUGUUUGUGCUGGCGAGCGGUUUGUUAGAGGGAGGAACACAGCAGGAGGCGUCAGGAACACAGCAGGAGGCGUCAGGAGCACAGCAAGAGGUGUCAGGAGCACAGCAGGAGGUGUCAGGAGCACAGCAGGAGGUGUCAGGAGCACAGCAGGAGGUGUCAGGACACGGCAGGAGGUGUCAGGAGCACAGCAGGAGGCGUCAGGAGCACAGCAGGAGGUGUCAGGAGCACAGCAAGAGGUGUCAGGAGCACAGCAGGAGGUGUCAGGAGCACAGCAAGAGGUGUCAGGAGCACAGCAAGAGGUGUCAGGAGCACAGCAGGAGGUGUCAGGAGCACAGCAGGAGGUGUCAGGACACAGCAGGAGUCGUCAUGGUAACCGUCUCCAGCGCUCGGCGACGGACCAAGAUGCUGAGCCCGAGUUCAGCCUCCAAGAUGCAAGCCUUCGACCUGACCUGGGCUGUGAGCCGCCCGGUCCUCAUCCUGCUCCCGGUCCUGGGCCUGACCUGGCUGUGCGGGGUCCUAGUGCACCUCUCUGUGGCCGUGGCUUACAUCUUCAUCAUCCUCAAUGCUUUCCAGGGUCUCUACAUAUUUAUGGUCUACGCCGUGUACAACAGCGAGGUGCGGAGCGCUAUCAAGAGGAUCAAAGAGAAGAGGAAGGCCUUAUCGUUCACCAACUGCUCGCAGCCCGGCAGCUUCCUCCCUUCGCAGCGGGCCCCUGUGAGCUCCUGGGGCCGGUACCCUCCGUCCCCCUCCAGCCCAGAGACCAGCGACACCUCGGGGGCCCCCAGCUCCGCAUCCACCUCCCUGGUCAUCAAGAACGAGAGUUUUCGAAAGGAGAGUAUUGUCAGUUUCUCCACACGACCGUCGUCAGGAAACCAAGUCGUGCAGUUGACCGGCUUCAAACCCUCAGGAUGCUGA